AAUUUUGAAGAUCUUUCAUAUGAAUUCAGAUUCUAUUUGUCCUUCAUUUUUCUAGGUUUUCAGAAGACUUGUGAUCAUACCCAUCUCAUUUUUCUAUCUAAUUUCACCAAUUUAAUCAUGUGGUUAGAGAUAAUCUGUUGUUUGGUUAUCUACAAGUUAAUCCGCCUAUUCUUCUACGACAAUCAAGAUGAAAUCCUUCAAGUCGAAACCUCCGAUUCCAACGCUUCUUUCUCCGUCGCCCAAAGACUCGAAAAACUUUAUGGUGGAAAAACCUAUAUCGGUCUUAGAAUUCCAGAUGCUGAUACUGGUUCUCAUCGAGAUAUUGAUAUGGUUCUUGUCACUAAAGGGGAAGCUGUUGUGAUUUCAGUACAGAAUAUGUCUGGGUUUGUAUCAGUUGAUGCUAGUGGGAAUUGGGUUUGUAUUGGGAACAAAACGGAGAAUUUUCCAGACCCUGUAGUAGAAGCAAAGGAGCAAGUUUCCAUUCUAGAGUCAUAUCUUGAACAAAGAGGAGUGUCUCUUCCACAAGGGUUUUUGGCUUGUAAAGUUAUUUGUCCAAAUCCAAAAUUCCAAAUAAUAUCAUCAUCGAACUCGUUUCCACCGGAGGUUGUCACCUACGACCAGUGGCUGCAACUGAAACCCGAGGGUAAGACUAUGUUUUCUGGUUGGUUAAAGAACGCCUUCCAAGGUGGGAAGAAAGAAACCGAAGAAUCUAUUCAUCAGAAACUCAACUCCAUUCUCAGCACUUCUCCGAUGUGGGACAGGUUGGUGCUUAAAGGAAACAAAUAUCUUCUGGGAGAGUUCUUAGAAUUCAAAGGGAAAGACGAUGACUUGCUUCUGCUGAAAUUUGUUAAGAGAUCUAAAAUCAAUCGUGUCGUUAUCCAAAUGACUAGUAUGUUCGGACUAGCCCCUUCUAGGCUUCAAGUUUUGUUCAAAUAUCGCGACUAUCGGAAUGAAGGGUCUUCUUCUGCAUUGGAUUUGGAAGAAGUAACAGUUAGGUCGAAUACUGAGGUUUCGUUUUUGCCCAAGAAUUCGAAGAAAGUACGCAAGAUCAAGCUCUCGUCAAUUAUCUCUCUUCAUCUCAGUUCUUGAAAACUUGUUUUGGGAAUUUUUAGAAUGUUUAAUUGAGGGAGUGUUGUUUGUUCUUAUGGUUUAUACAAGAUUUUGUUUCCAUAGUUACUAAUUUACAAUGAAAAAACUGUUACAGUA